UGUAUAUCAUUUCUAUUGUAUAUCAUUUCAUUUGUAUAUCAUUUCUAUUGUAUGUCAUUUCUAUUGUAUAUCAUUACAAUUGUAUAUCAUUUCAAUUGUAUAUCAUUUAAAUUCUAUAUCAUUACAAUUCUAUAUCAUUUCAAGUGUUUAUCAUUUCAAUUGUAUAUCAUUUCUAUUGUAUAUCAUUUCUAUUGUAUAUCAUUUCAAUUGUAUAUCAUUACAAUUGUAUAUCAUUUCAAUUGUAUAUCAUUACAAUUGUAUAUCAUUUCAAUUGUAUAUCAUUACAAUUGUAUAUCAUUUCAAAUGUAUAUCAUUACAAUUGUAUAUCAUUUCAAUUGUAUAUCAUUUCAAUUGUAUAUUAUUACAAUUGUAUAUCAUUUCAAUUGUAUAUUAUUUCAAUUGUAUAUCAUUUCUAUUGUAUAUCAUUUCUAUUGUAUAUCAUUUCUAUUGUAUAUCAUUUUAAUUGUAUAUCAUUACAAUUGUAUAUCAUUUCAA